CGAGUUAAGCGUAGACUAGACUGAGUAUGUAUGUAGGCUGUAGUGCCCAAGGGAAAGACCCCAAAUUUUCUCAAACGUCCAAACAUGGAGCACGGUCAUGAUCGUCGUUUCCUCACCCUCAGUUUCUGUAUUAGCUUUAUACCAUUUCUCUUUCCCUCCUACGCUUCUCCCUUCUCCAACACACCCCUCCUCGGAAUUCACCCUCUCGAUGAGAAAUACUUUCAGCCUGAGGUGAUCAAGUGCAAGGACGGGUCAAAAUCCUUCACCAGAGACCGUGUCAAUGACGAUUUCUGUGACUGCCUUGACGGGACUGACGAGCCCGGAACAUCAGCCUGUCCAGCGGGGAAAUUUUACUGUAGGAAUGCUGGAAGUAUUCCUCGGUUUAUAUUUUCUUCUCGUGUUAAUGAUCGAUUUUGUGAUUGCUGUGAUGGAAGUGAUGAAUAUGAUGGUAGUAUCAAUUGUCCAAACACAUGCGUCAUGGGUGGGAAUAUUGACUACAAGACUGGCAGUUAUGUCCCAACAAUUCGUGACAUGAGCUCUAUCAAUGAAAAAGAAACCAAAAGUGGAGUUAAUUUGGAGGACUUGAUUCAAAAGCUUAAAGGUCUGAAGGUAAUUAUAAUCCUACAGGCAGUUCUCAUUGGUUGUGUUGUGGUUUUUCGAAUUUUCCACCGCCGUGCCAGAUCCAAAAGAAGACGCUUGCGUUGAGAAAUCCACCAGCCACGUGUAGCUGACUCUUACUUUUUGGGCUUUCAGUGCAUAGAUUGCUUUUUGGUGGGGACUCUUUCUUCCAGAUUCGGCUGUUCUUAUUCCAAAAACCUGACACGCUGCAGACAUGAUUCCAAUGUCUGUUGCAUCCAUACAAGAACUUGCUGGUGGCAAACUAACCAUAUAAUGGAUGGAUAUCUGUGUCUGCUCCAGUGCAUAUUGGACGGCAGGAAAAUUCAACUUUUAACACAAUGGUAACAUACGGAGCUUUGAGUUCAAUAUCAUCCAGAGCCUACAUGAAUUUAUAGGAAGAAAAAAGAACUGCCUUGCUUCGAUGAUAUUAAGAUUGGAAUUAGAGUACAGAGGGAACUUGGGUUUGAAUGAUUUUUUUUUAUAAGUAACUUGGGUUUGAAUGAUAGGAAUGAAUGGUAAAUUUUGAUUCUUAAA